CUGUUCCUCCGUGAUCUUGGCCAUCUCGAGGUUGUCCUGCAGAACCUGCCUCACGUCCAGUCACUCACACUACAGGCCUCGCGAGAUACCCAAGAAGCGCAGCUCUUCGCCGCAUUCAAGCAUGGUCCCUUCAACUUCCCGCGCCUGACUCAGCUCGCGAUCGUCGGCGAGGAGAGAGAGGUCGCUCUCCCGCUGCCCGCAACGAGGGUCUCUCUGCUUGCGCAGCUUGUCCGCGGCAUGCCGACCCUCCGAUGUUUGACUGCUCGAUUUGCAUCGCAUCGACCGACCUGGAGUUGCUCUCCCCGGCUCUGAAACAACUCCGGGUACUAGGUCUGCACGUUGCCCCGGGCGAUCCAACUGGGGGUUCUUUCAGUGGCGCCGUUCGCCAUAUCCCGGCAGAGCUCGAUGCGCUGGCCUUGUUUGUGUCGAGCGGUACCAUUAACCACGAGCGCGAGUGGGCUGAACUGUGGAUGAGAUGUCAGCGUCUGAGAUUCUUCUACUUUCGCGCGUGCGACGAUGUUGCAGGCGAUGCAGAGGUCACUUUGAAGCGCUUCGCGGAGGCGGGCAAGUCCCUGCGGCUCGUCGGGCUGCAGAGUGCAGUCCACAACGUGGAGCGCGACUCGGAGGAUGGGAGCGUGAGGCUGUCCAAGAAAUGGUCCGAACGGAAAGUCGAGUACAGGGGAGUCGGUGACUUUGACUGUCCGGAGUGGGAUUGGUUGACACUGGGUUGACGGGGGAAAAGUAUUUUGACUUCUCAGUUCUGAAUUCAGUGGCUUUAGACGUAUCUUCCAAUGCUCCGAUCUCGACUUCCGAGUGUAUGCCCUCGAUAAAAGCACACGCCUCCAUG